AUGAAGGUUGAAAACCUAGACGACCCUGCCAUCAUGCAAUGGGGAACAUACAACAACCCUCUUUCAACCCCCAUGCCCCAGGGCAACUUUGGUUUCAACUACCCUAUGCAAUACAAUCCAGGAACAGCGUCCGCAUACAAUUAUGACCGAACUGCGUACAAUGACCAGUACACUCUUGCGUACCAACCUGGUCUCUCAGCAAACUGCCCUCGUUCGCUCAACAACAACAGCUUCGACAUGACCGGGCUGUCACACUCUGGGGUGACUGUAUCGAGUCAUCCGCCGCCGAUGUACCAGAGGGGACCCCAGCAGCCAUACGAAGGCAUGGAUCUCACACAUCAAAGCCCGAACAACAAUCUCAUGCAGCUUGACCAUGAGUAUGAGGACUACCCUCGCCCAAUACCGGAGGACCUCACAGCGUACAGCACUCCUUACGACUCGGAUAUAUCGCGAGCAGCAACUCCAAGCGAUGGAUCUCCUCUACCGCUUCGUAAUGACGCGCUCAUCGAGAAAGACCAGCCAUACGCACAACUCAUUUUUAGGGCGCUCAAGGAUGCGCCUAACCAUACAAUGAUUUUGCGGGAUAUCUAUGACUGGUUCCGACAGAAUACCGACAAGGCCGCCGCCUCGGAUAGCAAGGGCUGGCAGAACAGCAUCCGGCACAAUCUCUCAAUGAAUGGUGCAUUCGAGAAAGUCGACCAGCCUGGCGAAGAGGCUCGAAAGGGCUUCAUGUGGCGUCUCACACAAGAUGCUCUCGCAAACGGCGUCAAGUCCACAACUCGCUACCGCAGCAAGCAGCCCAACAAACGCGGUCACCGUACUGGCCUCUACCCUCAAAGGCAGCUGGCCGGCGCCAUGGGAGGUCGAAGCGCGAAGAAGCAGCUACGCCACAAAGCCCGCAUGCAUGAUGCCUACCGAAGCGACCCCUACCAAUCCCCAUCACGCUCCAUGCCCACCCCUGCGACCUUCGACUCAGCCUUCAACUCAGAGAUGUCGAUGUACUCUGGUUCUCCUUCUUACUACAGCCCCUCAGGCUCCGAGGUCGACGCAAUGGAGUACCAACCCGACGCCUACGGGCCCGCCACCGACUCGUGCGUCCCGCAGCAAAUCUUCCAUGGAUUGCCCAAUGGCUCCAUGUCAUCGUCUCCACUUGCAGCGUACAACGAUGGUUAUAUUCAGCUACCUUCCGACCCUGCAGUGCCGCUCUUCACCAGCUCGCCUGCCGACACGCCCUCGCCGUCGGCAAGCGAACCACUCACGCCUGACUCGCAAGCCUCCGGCUGGGACGACAACUUUUACGGUAACAUUGGCGGCAUCGGCUUCGAGUACUAUGGCGGCAGUGAUAUUGGGAUCAGUGCCAUUAAUCAGGACGGCUUUGCACACGAGCCGCUUGGCGAAGGCGAGUAG